AAUUUCCAAUUUUUCUAAAAAAUGUGUUCGAUAAAAAAAAGGAAUAUGUUUAACUAUAUUAUAUUAUUUUAAGAUAACAAAAACAGUAGAAAGUGCACUGCGGAUUUGGCAGCUAAGCAAGUAGUGGAACGGAAGGCAAACAUUAAGAAAAAACUUUCACAGUUUUUUUCACUUGAAUGUAUGCGUCAUUUCUUGUGUAUGGUGAAAAAUCGGAAAAUAUAAAGAAAUCUACGAAGCAUACAAAGAAACAAAGGUGUUCCUAAUGAGCGAUCUAUACAUAAAGGAGCUAUUGCGUGUCGCAGUAGCUCAGAUAUGUCAAACGAUUGGGUAUAAUGCAACACAGACGGCUUCUUUAGAAUUAUUGCAAGAUAUUUUGGAUAAAUUUCUAAAAGAAUUUACGAGGGACUUGAGACGUCAAGUGGAGCAUUAUAACCGCACAGAAGCCAAUUUAAACGAUGUAGCCUUGACUUUAUCAAGUAUCAAUGUUAAUCUUAAUGAGUUAACGGAUUACAUCAACAAUGUUGAACCGGUCCCGUUUGUUAUUGAAAUGCCGAAGUUUCCCCGACGCAAAGAUUCAUAUUUGAAUUUUCUGAAACCGGGCAGCAAAGAAGUUCUAACGCGUCCUGUACAUGUGCACGAUCAUUUGCCCCCAAUGCUGCCACCGGAUAUAAGAGAGCCGCCCGAUAACAACAUCCUUAAUGAUGUAGAUAAUAGUGUUCCUGGUCUUGAUGUGAAGCCAAGUCCUGAUAAACUACAUGGUACAGAGAUUGGAAAUGCUAAUAACGCAACUACGGCAUUGGGAGAAACAAAUAGCACAGAUGCUACGGGCAAACCUCAAGUAGGCGUAAGUUUGGAUAAGAAUACCUUGCAAUCUUUGUUUAAGUCGACUAUUCAUUUGGAAGAUGGCGAACGAACGAUUAACAAUACAAGGGAAAUUAGCAGUGUGGUAAUGACUACCGGUGGUUACAUAUCACCGGCGAUUGAGGGUAAAAUGCCAGAAGCCAUAAUUCCGGAUAUAAUAAAUGAAAUGUUCGGUUUGGAUGCUCCCCCACCUCCACCACCACCUCCACCGCCUGUUCCGCCACCAUCUUUAUCUAAUUCUAAACCGCCAUCUCGCACAAUUUUACCUGGGUCGAGCAAUAAGGAAAACACCAUAGAAGUGAACACAGAUGCGAGCAAAGAUAUAAUAACUAAUUGUGGUUCGGGAGGUGAUAACAAAAAAUCCACUAUUAAUAAAUCUGUGGAUUUUACGUCUUUACGUAAAAAUGAAAAGCAGUCGGAAUAUAUGCCGGAGAAUUUUCCAAAUAAAACGGAUAAAAUUUCGUCUCAUUUAUCAAAUACCAGCAGCGAAUCUUUACCAAUAACCACCCCUUCACAGCUGGGAAACAAGAAAUCAUUAUUCACGGGCCAUACAGGUGGUGUGCACUCCUCGGCUCAAGCUUCGUUUGCAAAUAUGUUGCUGAAAAAAGCUAAAAAGCAAAAGGGACAGCCAAAUUUACAUGCUCAGCUAUUAGCCGAUAAACAGCCUUUUUCAGAGAAGCUGAUCGGGAAAUCAGAUGCCGGUGAGAAAGCGCAACGCAAGUAUGUAAAAAUGUUACAAAAAAUGGUUAAGCAAGGAAAAAUACCUGCAGAAUUCUUACAAACCGUUUUGGGACCAGAUAAGAAACUAAAAAAUGCUAUAAAUCCAGCUAUAGUGGCAAGUAUGCCACAUGGGCCGGAAAAAAUGCAAUUAGAAAAAUUGUUGAGGAAGCAGACAAAGCAAAGGGAGAAAUUUUUAAAGCAUCAAAAAAUAUUAAUGGAUGCUCACAAGCCGGGGAAAAAGUCCGGAUUAGCAAAUAUGGCGACAAUUUUUCCUCCACAAGUACCUAAUAGAAGUGAAAUUAUGACUCCUGUUUCGAAACAGGAAUUGUUUAAGGACAAUGUUUUAAGUGGCGAAAGAGAGGAGAAAUUAGGAGCUCCCACAACGUCACCGAUAAAGGCUAAUAUCGCCACGGCGAAUAGUAUAAUUUCAGCCAAUAAUUUGCUAAAUGAUGCGUCCAAUAGUCGUGUGAGUGUGCAGCAACAAAAUGAAAGCUUAUCUACUUGUGGGGAUGUGGUAACUACCGCUGCUGGGGACUUGAAAGAUCCUAAAACCGGGAUGGAAAUUAAGCUAUCCAAUGAACCGGAUCGCAGUAAAUUGAAUAUUUUCAAAAAAAUAUCGAAGCAAAAAGCAAACAAAGCAGUUUCACCAACACCGGGUCGAAUACCAAGCCUAAAUGAUACUUCUCCGGUAAUCAAUCUGCCUUCAGGCACUACCAUAACACCAGCCCCAGGGACGAGCGGUUUAUUAGCGCAAACCAGUCUGACUUCUGUGGCACAACAAAAUUUGCCGCGCUCCAUGUUUCCCAAUGACUUAUCAGCAAAAGCAACAGGUGUCAGCAAUAACAUAGCGCUAGAGGAAAUGAAUAAACAGGUUCUCCCUAUGGGGUCUACCUUAAAUCAACCCAAUCAAGAUUUGUCUAUGCUUAAGCGUGUGUUCGGUGAGAAAGCAGCAGAAAAUGUCGAUAUGGUCAAUAAGCCAAAGAAACGUGGACGCAAGCCAGGCAGCAAGAAUUCACCAAAAUUACCGGGUGUUCUGUCGAAUGCGAUGCUUAAGAAAAAUAAAAAACUGAAAAUGGAAACUGGAUUAUUUCCGCCGCCAUAUAAUGCUGUCGGUGCCCCCCUAUUGAAUCCUCUAAAUCCCAAUAAUCCGUUUGAUACUGGCGCAGCCGCUAAUAUGUUUCCAAUGUUCUCCUUAAAUGAAAAGCAAUUGCAACAACAAAUUAUGGCUAUGGCAGCUACUAAAGAGAAAAAAGAACGCAAAAAAAACAAAUUAUUGAAAAAUCUUCCCAUUAACUUAUUGCAUAACAAUGCGGCAUUAAGUAGUUUACAAGUUGGUAACGUUGGCGUUACAUCUAUUCCCACCUCCGAAGAAGUGCAAUCCAUAAAUAAGAAAUUAAUGCGAAUGGAUACCAUACUUAAGCCAGCUCCAGCGCCUACGAAUAACGCCGAGUUCAAUAAUGACUCAAGUAUGGCAACCGGCGGCCAGAAGCCGUUAACGGUUCUUCCAGGUCCGACGUCGGCAACAUUUCCUGUUUCUCCCAAUCUAAAAUCGCCCGGUAACUCUAAACGCCUGCCAACCGCUAGUGAUUUAUCCGCUUUGCCGCCUUCCCUUCAAUCACCGUUUAUGUUAUCCCCGCGGCCCGGUUUUCCCAAUUUACCGGGUAAUAUGUUAAACAUGCUUCCAUUUCCGUUUCCACCACGUCCUGGUUUAAUACCCACUCAUGGCCUUUUUCCUACACCUGGUUUGACAGCUUUUCCCAACAAUAACAAAACUUCAGCUGCAGCCAAUUUGCUAUUGACUGGUGUUUUUCCGUUUCCGAAUUUAAAACAUGCCGCUGUAGAUAAUCAGACAAAGCAGGAAACUGAAAAUCUUGGAGGGGAUCAUAAGAAAGCAGAUGCAAAUCUUCCAAAUAAUGAACGCAAUUAUUGCAAUGUCGCUCCGCUUGUGCCGGAAUUCUUAAAACUUACCACGCCAGACUCAAUGAAUAAUAAAACUUUCGAAGAUCAACAGCAACAACAUCAUCAACAACAACAACAGCAUCAGCAACAAUCUAGUGAAAACGCCUCACCAAAAAACCCAAAGUCUCGUCAAUCUCAUACUACGAUAGCAACAGUUUCUCAAGAUAAUUUACUAACCAAAAAUAUGGCUGACACACAUCCACUUCACGAUAGCGUUGGUAAUGUUGGCAAUAAAUAUUUACCAUCAACACCCAGUGGAUUAUCGUUGAAUAGCUUUGAACAGUUAAUGAAAAAAAAUGAGAAUCCCGUGGAACUGUUACCUUUACCUAAGAGUGCAGCCUCGAAGCAUUCGUCUGCUGCUGCAUUGGAUCAAACACAAAACCCUAUAAAAUCCAAUCUCUUGGGUAUGGACUUCAGUAUGCAUAAGAAAGUCAUUGGCAUGAAUAAGCCACCACCUAUUACCUUGAAUGCUGAUGAACCCAUUGAAGUGUCAGAUGAUUCAGACGAGACAUCACAAGUAUCCAAAACGAUUAGUAGUAAAACAUUAACACCAUCGAAUUUGAAUGCAACGCAGCCAGCUUUCAAUGCGGACGAUAUGUUUGCAAGCAGUUCAGUGUCAUCGCUUGCGACUGCGGUUGGCAGUAAAUUGCCUCCUUUAGAUACUGAACUUAGUUCCAAGGAAUUGAAGAAAUUAAAGAAACAAGUAAAAAAAGCUUCUGCCCUCUCCAAUACUAAUAGCACUCUUAUUAAUCCCGAAAAAGCCGAACCGGGUGCCGGUGUAGGCAAGUUGGCUGGAGGUGCCGAUUUGAUACCGCUACACUCUACUGGCCUAGCGUACUCCUCUAAAAAUAUUCCAUUUAACAGUUUAACGGGUAACGCCAACCCCACUUUUGGAAGUCACAAUAAGGAUUUAUUGCCUUCUUCUUCGUCCGCCACAAGUACUUCGGUAUUUGAUAACGUCACGAUUACACCGGCACUCACGCAAACCGGUUGCAUGGUUGCAGGAGCUGGUGGUUCAAUGCUUGAUUUGCAAAAGAAACGCAAAGAGCAUAAAAAAAUGAAAAAGCUAAAAGAGUUAAAAGAGGGAAAAGUCAAAAAGAAGAAGGAUAAAAAAGAUAAAGUGAAAAGCAAGGAGAAAGCAGAGAAAUAUCUAUUGGCCCAGCAACAGUUGCAGCAGCAUCAGCAGCAAUUACCUUCGUCCGUCAAGGAAUUUAAAGAGAUGGGUGAAGUCGCAACGGGAGGCGAGAAAGUGAAAGAUAAAGAUUUGUUAAAAAAAUUGAAAAAAGAGAAGAAAAAAGAGAAACAACGUUUGCCCGUCGUCGAGGGUGGCACAACUGUACCACCAGCAUGUACGUUUAUAGGCGGCGCUAAAGAAGUUGUAAACGCUAACGCCUCAAGCCUAGAAACGGGGGAAGGGAAAAAAUCAAAAACUUCAAAUAUUUCUACAUCUAAAGUAAAUGAACAAGAGAAUAUGGGAAAUACAGCAGCUCUUAGUUGCACCGUAAUACCAAAAUUAACUUUAAAAUUGGGCUCGAAUCCGUCGCCAACGCCAACAGAAGCUGAAACGAAUAGUUUGCAGAAAUUUGCAAAUGUUUCUGCCGGCAACAACAAUUCGCCGCUUAGACGAGAGAUGCGAGAGCCUUCACCGGAAUUAGCAAGAAUAUCACCGCUAGUUACGAGGCCACCUAAGCAAAAACUUAACACUAGUGGUGAGUUGUCAUCUAGCGGAUGUGCAGCUACGGGCAAUAUGCCAGGAGCUAAUACUAAUACAUUAGAUACGAGUUUUGGCGAUACCAGCAAAAGUAGUACAACGGCAAAUGUUGGUCUUUUGGUACCACCACCCAGCCCUUGGCUUUCAGGGGGCACUAUAUCAGCUAGCUCAGUUUUGCUUCCCCAUCAACUAUUGCAAACAUCCAAAUCUAACGAAUUGACAAGUCAAUCUACAACUGUUGGUCAUUCUAGUGAUACAAGCAAUCGCCACAGUAGUAGCAGUGAUCGACAGAGUCCAUUGACGCUCAUCACCGAAACCAGUCGUCCAUCCUCAUAUAUAGAUGCCGAGGGUAAUCGUGUUUGGAUUUGUCCGGCCUGCGGUAAAGUUGACGAUGGCUCUCCUAUGAUUGGUUGUGAUGGUUGUGAUGCUUGGUAUCAUUGGGUUUGCGUGGGCAUUGUUGUGGCUCCCAAGGAUAAUGAAGAUUGGUUUUGUCGUGUUUGCAUUACACGAAGUAAAAAGGGUAUACAUGGUUCAGAUAAGAAACGUAAACGUACUAAGAAGAAGUAAUUUAACAUAAAAUAAUUAUUUUCUAUUUUUUGUUCUUUUAUUAUAGUUUAAGAAUACUUGUAAUUGGAUCAAGAUUUAUAAUUAAGUUUAGAACACUCAUGGUUAUCUUAAAUUUAUACAAUAAACAAUAAGACACAAUUUCAUUU